CUUGCUCUGUCCACGGCUAGUCUUAUUGGAAGUGAACCAAAAAAAAUUAGGUAGGUUGACCAGCUGGACCAUGUCCAAAGAGGUGGUAACCGCCGGCGGCGCCGCCGACCUGGCCUCGGAGAAGCAGCCGUACUGCGACCCUCCCCCGUCUCCGUUCUUGGACACGAGCGAGCUGUCCGGGUGGUCCCUGUACCGCGCCGCCAUCGCCGAGUUCAUGGCCACGCUCAUGUUCCUCUACGUCAGCCUCGCCACCGUCAUCGGCUACAAGAGCCAGUCCGCCGACGCCUGCACCGGCGUCGGCUACCUCGGCGUGGCCUGGUCCUUCGGCGCCACCAUCAUGGUCCUCGUCUACUGCACCGGCGGCGUCUCCGGCGGGCACAUCAACCCGGCGGUGACCUUCGCGCUGCUCUUGUGCCGCAAGCUCUCGCUGGUGCGCGCCGCGCUGUACGUGGCGGCGCAGUGCCUCGGCGCCAUCUGCGGCGCGGCCGUCGUGAAGGAGGUCACGGGGCGGAGCUACGAGGCCCUCGGUGGCGGCGCCAACGCGGUGGCCGACGGCUUCUCGGUGCGCGGGGCGCUCGUCGCCGAGGUCGCCGGCACGUUCGUGCUCGUCUACGUCGUGCUCUCCGCCACCGACCCCAAGCGCACCGCGCGCGACUCCUUCAUCCCCGUUCUGGUGCCGCUGCCCAUCGGCUUCGCGGUGUUCGUGGUGCACCUGGCCACCAUACCCAUCACCGGCACCGGGAUCAACCCGGCCAGGAGCCUCGGCGCCGCCGUCAUGUACAACCAGCGCAAAGCAUGGAAAGACCACUGGAUCUUCUGGGUCGGGCCGCUCAUCGGAGCGACGGGGGCGGCGCUGUACCACCGGUACGUGAUGCGCGGCGAGGCGACCAAGGCGCUGCUGAGCUCGUUCAGGAGCACGGCACCGGCGCUGCCAUGGCGCGAACAGAGCUAAGAUAUCAACGAGCGUACGAUCCGAUCGAGCACGAACAAGCAUAAAUCCGAGCUGCUCUAAUUUGGUUGCUUGCGCUAGCUCGCUGCUGUUUUGUGCAGUCCUCCUGAGUGCUACUCCAUCCAUUUCUAUUUUCUGUUUCUUUUAUUUCGGGAUCGGUCUCAGUUUGACCACUGAUUUGAACAGUAAAAUGUGAGUUAUGCGUUUAACGGUAUAAUUCGUGUGACGCAUGAUCCAAAUCUUAUUCAUCAAUUUAUUGGUCAAACUUUAGACCUCAAAUACGUAAACGGAGGCGGGCCAACUGCUAUGUAACACUUGAUUAAUUUUGGUUUACUUCCUC